GGGCCUCGAGCGCGCUGUCACCCGGAAGACGCCGCGGCGGGUAGGCUCCGGCUGGACCUCUUAGGGGGAUCCUUGCCGGGAGGGGAGACAGCGGGGCUGCAGGCGGCGCGAUGCUCGGUCCCACAGUGCUGGGCGCGAUCGUAGCCGCGCUGGUGGCUUCAAUGCUAUUGUUGCAGAGUGGGGACGAGGGGUCCGGGGCUGCCCCCAGCAUGGCGGACAAGGAAGCACUGCCGAAGCUCCGGGAAGACUUCAAGAUGCAGAAUAAAUCCGUCUUUAUUUUGGGCGCCAGCGGGGAAACCGGCAAAGUACUUUUAAAAGAAAUCCUGGGACAGAACCUGUUUUCCAAAGUAACGCUCAUUGGUCGGAGGAAGCUCACCUUCGAGGAGGAAGCUUAUAAAAACGUGAAUCAAGAAGUGGUGGAUUUUGAAAAGCUGGAUGACUAUGCUUCUGCCUUUCAAGGUCAUGAUGUUGGAUUCUGUUGCCUGGGCACCACCAGAAGUAAAGCUGGAGCGGAAGGAUUCGUUCGUGUUGACCGAGAUUAUGUGCUCAAGUCUGCAGAGCUGGCGAAAGCAGGAGGGUGCAAACAUUUCAACUUGCUGUCCUCCAGGGGGGCCGAUAAGUCCAGUAGUUUCUUAUACUUACAAGUAAAGGGAGAAGUGGAAGCCAAGGUUGAAGAAUUAAAGUUUGAUCGACUCUCCGUGUUUCGGCCAGGAGUCCUACUGUGUGACAGGCAAGAGUCUCGUCCAGGUGAAUGGCUGGCUAGGAAAUUCUUUGGCUCUCUGCCAGACUCUUGGGCCAGUGGGUACGCUGUGCCUGUGGUGACGGUGGUUAGAGCGAUGCUGAACAACCUGGUGAGUCCCAGCAGCGGACAAAUGGAACUUCUGGAAAAUAAGGCCAUCCUCCACCUGGGGAAAGAGAGGGAUGUGCCCAAACUGUGACCAUGUUGGAGGACAUUCAUGAAAACCUCAGUGCCUGUCACCAAAUCAGUCAUUUGGGGCUCUAUAAAAAGUCUCUUUGAGGUCCUUUGUGGUGUCCCUCUCCUCAUCCAUGCAGCCCCAUCAGGAAAUGGCACUACUACGCAUCAGUUGUUGAGAGCCGCGUUGUUCAUGUAAAUCAUCCAGGAAGCUUUUGGAGAACAGGUCUAUAUCACAAACCUAUACUUUGUAGGUUGCAACCAGGGAUCUCUGGAGGUCCCGGUACCUUUGAGUGUAAGGCCAGCUUUGAAGCACUCCUCCAGGGCCACCUGAGCAGAGGGGCCCUAGCACUCCAGGCAGUCUAGUCUCCUGGUGGCACAGUGCUGAUGGGCUGCAUGGAGCUGAGUGAACACUGUGCCUUGACUCUCUGUCAGCACAGAAGCUAUAAAACAAACUUCUGUACUUGACUGAGGAAUAAAAAUAAAUGGAGAAACCCU